AUGUCCAGCUAUCCGUACGGGCAGGGUUGCCCAGGAACUGCAGGACAAGCACCUGGAGCCCCUCCAGGCAGCUACUACCCUCCGCCCACCCAUGGUGGCCAGUAUGGAAGUGGGAUACCUCCAGGUGGCGGUUUUGGGGGUCCUGCACCUGGGGGCCCUUAUGGACCACCAGCUGGUGGAGGACCUUAUGGACACCCUGGAGGACUCCCUUCUGGAAUUCCAGGAGGACCCUAUGGCGGUGCAGCCCCAGGAAGCCCCUAUGGUCAGCCACCUCCAAACUCCUAUGGUGCCCAGAAUCCGGGGCCUUAUGGGCAGGGUCCUCCUCCAGGUGGCGCCCCUCCCAAUGUGGAUCCUGAGGCCUACUCCUGGUUCCAGUCGGUGGACUCCGAUCACAGUGGCUACAUCUCCAUCAAGGAGCUGAAGCAGGCUCUGGUCAACUCCAAUUGGUCCUCAUUCAAUGAUGAGACGUGCCUCAUGAUGAUAAACAUGUUUGACAAGACCAAGUCAGGCCGCAUCGAUGUCUAUGGUUUCUCGGCCCUGUGGAAAUUCAUCCAGCAGUGGAAGAACCUCUUCCAGCAGUAUGAUCGCGACCACUCAGGCUCCAUCAGCUACACAGAGCUGCAGCAAGCUCUGUCUCAAAUGGGUUACAACCUGAGCCCCCAGUUUACCCAGCUCUUGGUCUCCCGUUACUGCCCGCGCUCUGCCAAUCCCUCCAUGCAGUUGGACCGUUUCAUCCAGGUGUGCACCCAGCUGCAGGUGCUGACUGAGGCCUUCAGGGAGAAGGACACAGCUGUGCAGGGCAAUAUCCGGCUCAGCUUCGAGGACUUCGUCACCAUGACAGCCUCUCGGAUGCUCUGA